ACCGACAACCGACGACGACGACGGUACGAAGGCAGCCCCCGCACAAAGAGCAUACAAUGACGCAGAUUAGCUGUUAGCUGCAGGCGUCGUGUAGGCCGGUGUCCAAUCCACAGAGCGAUUCCCGGUUUCCAUUUCCCGUUUCCCCAUUUGAGCGAGCACUCACAGCUCGCCUUCGAUGGCAGACGGACGCACAGCAGCACAACAGGAAGAGGGAGGGGAGCCGGCGGCGGCGCCAGACCGGAGAUACGCAAUACUCGACUGCGAUGGCGGCAGCGACGAUGCCUGGGCCCUGUUGCUGCUGCUGCACGCAGAGCGUAGCCAGCUGGUGGAGCUCCUGGCGGUGACUACCACCGGGUGCGGCAACACCACCCGCGAGCAUGCGGCGCGCAACAUGCGACGCAUCCUCAACGCCAGCGACAGACAAGAUGUGCCCAUCUAUCUGGGGGCCGUGGAGCCUCUGAUAAGCUGCAGCGAAGAUGACAAAAAGUAUUUCCAUGGAUGCGACGGCUUCGGCGACUGUCUGGCGGCGUGUGACAGCGAGGAGUCGCUAGAGAGCAUCGUGCAGGCGGAGCAUGCGGUGACCGCCAUUUACAAGCUAUGCCGCCAGCGACCCAAACAGAUCACCGUGUUCGCGGUGGGGCCUCUGACCAAUCUGUCCCUCGGCUUCACGAUGUACGGUGAAGAGUUCGGCCAGCAGUUGAGGGACCUCUACAUCAUGGGCGGCAACUAUCAGGGCGUGGGCAACUCCUCGCGUUCGGCAGAGUUUAACUUCCAUUCCGAUCCGGAGGCCGCACAUGCCGUGCUGCUCAAGACACACUGUCCGAUCACCAUUCUGCCCUGGGAGGCUUGUCUUCCAGAGCGUUUCAACAUACACAUUAAUUGGCGCCUGGAGCAGUUCGCGGUCAGAGCGGCGGCCGUCCAGCAUUCGGCCAUCACACUGCUGAACCGCGUGGAGAGCGCCCAGUGGCUGCCCAUGAUGGAACAGUAUGGGAUCGACACGUGGAAUCCCUGCGAUGCUAUUGUGGUGGCAGUUUGGCUCUUCGGGGACCGGCUCGUGCGGAAGCAAAGUACGUGGCAUGCCACAGUGGACCUGCGUGGCACGCAUACACGCGGCCAGAUGGUGCUCGAUCAUCUGCGGGAGCGGGAAAAGUAUCCUGAGAACGUGCGGAUCAUUGAGCUGGUCGACGCCGAGUUCUUCAAACGGAUUGUCGAGUGGGUUGCGGGGCUGGAUGGUGGCGAAUUUCUGUUCAAUAAAUAAUAAUACGAGUAGUACAUAAAAUAAAUUCUUAAAGUGCA